AUGUUUUGGACUACUAUCCUACGAUAUCCCAGUAUUCAGCUCGUUCCCGCACCUCGCAUGCUCAUCCCCGCUCCCUCACCUCCUCGUCCCCGCACCCUCGCCUGCUCCUCCCCGCUCCCUCACCUCCUCGUCCCCGCACUCUCGCCUGCUCCUCCCCGCUCCCUCACCUCCUCGUCCCCGCACUCUCGCCUGCUCCUCCCCGCUCCCUCACCUCCUCGUACCCGCACCCUCGCCUGCUCAUCCCCGCUCUCACCUGCUCAUCCCCACUCCCUCGCCUGCUAG